UACUUUAUGAUAUCGUUCACAUGACCAUGUGCCGCUGCUCGGUUGCACCGGAUUAUUGUCAAUUCCUUACUGCUAGGAGCCGGUCAAAUGCUGUUGUUGCGCGUCUGUACUUUCCCUUGGCAUAAUGGGUGUGCCGUUCUGGGUGUAGCGGAACUCAAAACAAGUACGAAUGCCGACCGGAUGCCUUUCUGCUGUAAAAUCAUCAACCACACUAUCAGAGAACUCUAUCUUCCCAUCUGAAUUAUCAAGCAAUGCUGUUAAUCUUCGCUGCACACAAAAACGUGUCUUUGGAACCUUCAAAUGCCUCUCAACAGCCUGAAAUCCUCGUUGACCUUCUUCCACCAUGUCUGCCUUUCACUCGACCCUACGAACGCGUUGCCAAAGGAUAUUCCGACGACAUACUUGUGAAUCUAUUUCCUCUCCCGAUGGCGUCAAUCAGGACGGCAACGAAAUGCAGAGCAGAGAAACUGCUGUGGCUAAGCGGGUCAUCGCAAUACCAUCGGCGCCUGUUAUAUCACUGCCAGACCUCCGACCAUCAUGCACUACGUUAACCUCGACGAUUGUCCAGUCAGACGUCGCGGUACCUGAAAGCUCUUGUGCCGAUCCAUCAACUUUUGUGAAUGCUCAUUCCGAUGUGACCAACAUUGAAGAUCGGAGUGCUGUCACCGACUCAGUUUUCUCGGGAUACCGGGAAGAAAUCUUUGAGGAGGCAGUUCCUUCUCGUAUGGGCCAUCAUGACAGAGAAUACAACAUUCCGAAUGAGCCCUCGACAUUCACCAUCCCGCCCAUGUUCACCGAUUUCGAAGGAACUAAAGGCUCAAGUGAAGCCCAGCUACCAUCCGGAUGGAAGGAAUGUACACAUUCGGAUGGUAAAGUUUAUUUUUGGCAUGACGGAUAUAGGACCAUAACCGAAGAGUGGAUAUAUAACGACGAAUUUAGAAAUAUGGUUACAAAGUGGGCCUCGAUACUUAACACUGGCUUUUCCAGGCUUCCGAAUUCAGUCAAGGAUUGGCAUUUGGUCAUCAGAAUAUUGGAAUAUUCCGAACCGGCUUGGGACGAUGAUGAUUGCUAUCGAUGCCAAUAUUAUUUCGUCAAUCAUGACAAUGAAUCUCUUUUUUGGCUCUCAGAAUUCAACAUCGACGAGCACCUGACAGCAAUUAGAGGACCAGUCAGACUUUCUCAGAUUCUCCAUUUUCUCCGACAAGAGUAUUGGCAUCACAUGUAUCUAUUUGCUGAUACUCAUCCUUUAUCUGAUGAGCAGUGGAAGGUCGCCAAUCGCGAGGUUGUCCUUGCGUACGCAGACGUGACUAUGUCGAAAACCUCAACUGUAGCCUACUCUGCUGUAGAGCUGGAAGCCAUGAUGAAGAUUCUGAACCAAGCUGAAAAAACGGACGCACCAGAAGCCGCAGCCACUAUUAUGAGAAGCUUACUGGGUACUCAGUUCCUGAAUUACCAUGGCCAGCGUAGCGCUCGAACAAAUCGUGGAGAAUCUGUGUUUGGAGAUGAUCCUGCCCAAGCCAAGUGUACCCUUCUUUUCAAGCUGCUUACUCCGUUCUUGUUUUACGCUCCCAUCGUUCAUCUCGAGGCACUCAACAAGUAUUGGGUCGAUGGACUUGCCAUAAAGGACCAGUGGAUUAUUCUCAUCGAGAGAUGCACUGAGGAAUGGAAGAAUCAUACAGUAUUUGCCACGAUCCUUCUGAAUGCAAAUGUAGCGUUCUUGGCUAUACCAUCAGUGGAUGAAUCUAUGCAGAGAUACCGUGGCUCCGUGACACAGGUUCUGAGCUCCUUGUCUGUUAUUAGCAGUCUAAGCAGCAUUCUCGUCGGACUUUUGAUGGGACGUUACCACCGCACGAAAAUACAUUUUACCAUCGAAGACAUCAAUGUCUAUUUGAUGAAGCACUAUAGCGAUGAUUCGAAGCGGGGAUUUGAGUGGUUGGCUAUUAUCUAUAGCAUUCCUUAUGCUCUCUUGAUGUGGUCGAUGGUAAUGUUCCUAGGCGCCUUCUUCUCAAUGUGUUGGGAGUCCCCAACUCGAUCGGUGCGCAUAUCCGUGGUUAUUGGAUUUGCUCUCGCUUUCUCCAUUAGUACGCUCUGCAUAUUUCGCUUUUGGGAGGGUGACCAGUGGACAACUUGGGCAUUCGGGAGGCUGAGACGAUGUUGGGAGCACCGGCAAGUUGAAGGAGAUGAAUUAUCAGUCUUAGGGCGUAUACACCUAAGACUGGCCAGUAUAUGGCGAAAUAAGUGGAAGCGAGGUUCUGAUCCGGGCCUGCCAGUGUAAUCAUAUAAGUAAAUACGUAUUUGUAGUUUUCGUCCAGCAUAUUAUUACUUCUUUUCGCACACAUUCUCUACAAGGGAAUAUUUACGGCCAGGGGCAUGGAAUACCAAUCCGCGCUUUUGAGUAAAAUGCUCCACAUCGAAUUCUCCAUAUCCAGACGAGCCACUGUUUGUCGAGAUGAACGAAUGCACAUGCCAAAAGGUGUGUCUUACCCUAAUCCAUAGGGACCAAAGAAACGUUCGCUGUGAAAAGUACUUCCGUUGAUGUUUGUAAACCCUUUGGCAAUCGUCAGAAUUCGGUAAUCGCUCGAGAGGA